CUUCUAAAACGUGUUUUGCGUGUUUUGUGUUGUGAUUUAACCAUCCCUAAUGUGCAACUAGAUUCCAUAAAUUUUGAUUUAAGAUUGUGCAGUUUCCGAUGGCGCUGCCGUUACUGAGGCUUCUCUCAAAUGUGCCUAUUACAAUAAAUGCGCUAAAAGCUUUGAGUCCUGGAGCAGGUGCCCUCCUUGUUAAGAGUCCAGCAAUUCGAGCUGCUCUAAUUUUGGAACCUCAAUGCAGACACACCAGUUUUUUCAACAAGCUCCCAGCCCAGGAUCUGUGGAAGGGAGUGACGAGCGUGAGCAACGCUGGCAGGAAACGUGGCCGAGGCAAGGGCACUGGAAAGAAAACGGCAAAAAAUCUGAAUAGAGGCCAAAUAAUUGGAGUUGGCAAGUCCAAUAUCAUGUGGCCUGGCUUGUCUGCGCCGAUCAUGAAGGGCAAGGACUUGGUGAAGCAGCAGCAGCUUCCUGAGGAUUCCGAAAGAAUGUCCAAGCUGAUUAAGAUGCGCGACGAAAUGAGCACCUUCAGAUACCUCAGGCUUUUGCCAAUCGAACGAGGUUGGAGUGGCACAAAACUGCCUGGCAGGUCAAUUGGGCCUCCAGAUCCAAUUGGGGAUGACACCUUUGAGGGUUUUGAUACCAAAGUGUUGGAGUUCAAAUCAGUUUUCCACAUGAAGGGAAAUUUCGGCAGGAGACGUCGAAUGAGUUGUUUGGCUGUGACUGGAAACGGGAAGGGUCUAGCUGGUUUCGCUCUUGCUAAAUCUGUUGACGGCCGUUCAGCUUUGAAAAGGGCAAAGAACAGAGCCGGGCAGAAGCUCAUGUACUUUGAACUCUACAACAAUCAUACAGUCAUGCACGAUUUCUUUGCUCAAUUUGGUCGCACAAAGAUCUUCGCCAGCCAGAAGCCUGAGGGGUUUGGCCUGGUGUGCCAUAGGGCGAUCAAGACUAUUUGCGAAGUGAUCGGCAUCACGGACCUGUACGCCAAAGUUGAGGGCUCCACAAACUUGCAAAAUAUUGUGAAAGCCUUCUUCAUUGGUCUCUUGAAACAGAAAAACCACCAACAAAUGGCAGACGAGAAAGGCCUUCACUUGGUUGAGUUUAGGAGAGAGUGUGGCAAUUACCCCAAAGUCGUUGCUUCUCCAGCCAAAUGCAGGACAAAGGAAGAAAUCAAGCCUAAUGAAGUGCUGGACUUUUCUCAGUACGUGAUGGACGGACGUGUGGUUUUAAAGAAAAAGACGUUCCCCAAGUUCUACACUAAACUGCCAGGAUGGGAAAGACAUCUGAAAAAGACGCUCUGGUGCCGAAAUCAUGAUGAUGUCAAAAUGAGAAUGCUUGUGGAGCAUGGUGAGAUUCGUAGCUUUUUGACCGACAAGUACCCUGAAGCGAAACCAAAAACUUGGAAGAAGAUUCGAGAGGAACCCCAACCUGAGGAAUGAACUGGUGAAGCUAGGUUGUAUUAGAAACUAAAAAUAAAUCAGUGAUAAUUA